AAAGUUUACGCUUUUGCCCGGUAUUUUGAUCCAGAGUUUUUCGAAUUUCAGACUAUUUACAAUCGCAAUUGUUAGGAUUUCCCGUGUUCAUAAUCCACUAUUUAAAGAACGUUAAGAAUUCUUCUUGACAUCCUAGACAAAUUGGUAAUUGGACGAUGUCCAACGAAGCAUCCGGAAGUAUUACUAUCAAAGAAGAAGCAUCCACGAGCGGAUCGGCUAGCAAUAUUCCAGUGGAAUCCCCAGAAACAGAGGCUAAGAAACCGGAGAUCGGCGCUGACAAGGCGGAAUCGCUGACCGAAGCCGAGGGCGAGAAGGCGGCGGAGACGACGGAGACCCACUUGAAGCGACUGCAGAAUCUGCGCAAGGAAUUGAGCUACCUCAGCGAAACCGACUGGAUGUACGAGAGUCUCGACAAGAAGGCGGCGCACAAGUUUUUCGCCAACCCGGAUCGCGACCGGGAGCUAAUCAUGGAGUGUUUGGAUCGGGAGAAUCGCUUUCUGGAUCAGAAAAUAAUGGAGGAGAAGAUGGACCGUCAGCUUCAGGCGAAUCCCUCCGAAAUGGAUGGAGUUAUCACGAACCAGAUGGGUGAUCUUUCGCUGGGAUUAUCUGCGUUGGAUAUUAAUAAAGAAGGUGCCUGUACCGCCAGAAAGGGAGUCAUCACCAGUUUGGCCAGCGAUCGUGGAGUCAUAGAUAAGGAUGUCUUCUUCGACAGCAAGGUGGCCGAGGAUAUCUUCUUGGAGCUCCACGUCGGCUGUGUGGUGGAGUAUCUGACCUUCAGGAAGGGAGAAAACACGCGGGUGGUCAAGGUGAAGCGCAUCGUGGAGCACAAUUGGGAGGAUUCGAACCAUAAUAAGAUUGAAGAAGCUCUUGACAAACUGAAGAACGAGAAGCCCACCUGCUUCAACACCCAGAUGAGAAGCGUUUUGGGCCUGAUUCGCCAGCGAAUGGCCGCCUCCAUCGACGUGGAGACGGAGUACGGACAGCUAACCGUCGAACUGGACAACAUCGAGAUGACCUUCAUACCCAAGACGGGCGACCGCGUGCGCCUGGAGUGCAACAUUCAGCUGGACGAUGGAUUCGUGGACAAGCAGGGAGAGAUUCUGCAGGUCAGCAAGAUGUUUCCCACGCGCAUCCAGCAGGCGGAAAAGUGCAUCGUGGAGCGGGUUUACACGGAUCUAGCGGUGCUGGGUCCGGAAAUCUAUGUGCUAAAGGCAGAUGUGCCCACAGGUGUGGAUCUUCACCUGGGCGACUUUGUGCUCGCCGAUCUUAUCGAGUGUCAGUAUUCUAAAUUCACCAGACGCGCCAUUAAAAUUACUCCCCUGGAGAAAAACUUUGGGGCCACUAGGGUCACUUCGCAGGGCUCUUCGGGUUCCGCCAGCAGUGGACAGGCGGUUACAGUUACUGGUAUUAACCGCUUCAUCACCACGGAGCUCUGGCAAAAGCAGAGUGUAUCCCUCAAGUUGACCAACAAUCUCAAUCGCAAGUUGCGCCUGGAGAGCAUAGUGGUCUCAAACGACAGUGAAUCCCAGUUGAGUGUGAUGGAACCGCUGGAGCCCACGGAUAUUGGCAGUGGCGCCGAGAUAACCUUGCUCUUCGAGAUUCACACACAGUUCCUGGGCGAAGCCACUGAAAAUUAUGAACUGAUUUUCGAUCGUUUCAAGGUGAAGCGUUCGUUUACUGUCAUCGUUUGCGAAACCAAGGAGGAAGCCGCCGAAGCGGAGAAGCGCAUGAUAGCCGCCGAAACUCUGAUUGCACCCGGUCGCAAUAUCCACCAGAGAUCCAGAUUUUAUGCCAAUCAGGUUUGGUGCAACAAGGUGGAGGUGAUUCCAGGUGAACACAUCGUAACCAAGCGGCGUUUUGUGGCCCUGCGAUUGGGUUUCUUUGAGGUCCCUGAGAAAUUGCGACAAAUCUAUUUAACCGUUGAGAGGCGUCAGGAAAUGUUUGAUGCCAUCGAGCAGCAGUAUUCGUGCAUCCUGGAGCCCCUGAGCAUUAGUAACUAUGUGCAGCGCUUCGGUUUGUUCCUGCAUCUCGAGGAGAUCGAGUGCUUCGUGAGCUUCCGCAACUACGAUCGCGAUCGAGCCCAUUUCCUGCGGGAUGGAGAGUUUCUGGCGCUGCAGAUCGAGAAUCUGGCCGAGCGUCGUCCCUCGCUGGUCGUGGGCGAUACAGUGCGCGCCAUAGAUCCGUGGGCGGAUCCAGGGGCAAGGAGCAACAAGUCCUACGAGGGCAUCAUCCACAAGGUGCUCUUCAAUCGCGUGCUGCUCAAGUUCAACGCCAGUUUCCAGGAGAAAUACAAUGGCGAGGAUUAUCGUUUGGAGUUCUACUUCUCACGGUAUUCGUUCCGCAAGCAGCACCAUGCCAUCUCGAAGAUUGUCAGCACCAUGGGCGAGGAUUUCCUGUUUCCCAGCAAGGUGACCAAGCGCGAGAAUCCCCAGCUGGAGGUGCGAAUGGUGGGCGAUGAUAUGUACCUGUAUGAUUCGAAGUUACCCUGGUACAAUUCCUCACUCAAUUGCAUUCAAAAGAGGGCUGUCUUUAAUAUUCUGCGUGGUGAGGCCGAGGAUAUUCCUUAUGUGAUCUUUGGACCGCCGGGAACUGGGAAAACCGUGACUCUGGUGGAGACUCUCCUACAGUUGGUUAGAAAUCUGCCAGGUGCUCGCAUCCUAGUGGGUUGCCCAUCGAAUAGCUCUGCGGAUUUGGUGACCAAGCGAUUGAUUGACUGCAAUGUUUUGCUCCAGGGAGAUUUCAUACGUCUAGUGUCGCAUAAUCAAGUGGAAAGGGAUUUGAUUCCGCCCGAAUUGAUGAGCUACUGCGCCACCGCGGAUUUCGGUUCAGUUGGCAGCUGUGAGGAUAAGAUGAUGGUCACCGAAUCGGGAUUGAAGCUGCGCUGCCAGGCCAAGUUUAUGGGCACUCACCGCAUCACCAUCUCCACCUGCACCACUCUGGGAAACUUUCUGCAGAUGGGCUUCCCGCCGGGUCACUUUACCCACGUUCUUUUCGAUGAGGCGGGUCAGAGCACCGAACCAGAGACCAUUGUGCCUAUUGUAAUGCUCACGAAGAAACGCAGUCAGGUGAUUCUCGCUGGUGAUCCUCGCCAGCUGCAGGCUGUGGUGGUCAAUAGAUUUGCGGGGAAUAGGGGAUUUUCCAUGUCCUUUCUAGAGAGAUUGCUGGAACGUUCGCCUUAUAGAAAGGAUCUUCAGCGAUAUCCCGAAAGUUCGGGCUAUAAUCCGUGUGUACUGACCAAAUUAUUGUACAACUAUCGAGCUUUACCCUCCAUAAUGAGCACCUAUAGCAAACUCUUCUACGAUGACGAACUGAUUCCGGUGGUUUCCGACAAGGAUUCAAGGGAAUUUCGAUUGCUAUCCAAACUACGUUGUGUUUUUGAGCCCGAAAAGGAUAUGCCGCAAGCGCAUGGGACUUUCUUCUAUGGAAUCAUGGGGGAAAAUAGGCAGGAAAACGAUUCCCCUUCGUGGUACAAUCCCCAGGAAGUCAAGGAGGUGUUCCUCAUGACUAUAGCAUUGUAUCGCGCCAAUGUGACGCCAGAACAGAUCGGAAUACUCACUCCAUAUUUAAAGCAGGUGAAAAUGCUGCGAAAUAUGUUCAUUGGCACCGAUGUGGCCAUGCCGAAGAUUGGUUCCGUUGAGGAGUUUCAGGGACAGGAACGUGACAUUAUGCUCAUCUCUACAGUGCGUUCAUCGGAAUCGAUCCUACGAAUGGAUGCCCGUCUAUCCCUAGGAUUCGUGGGUUGCAACAAGCGGAUGAACGUGGCUGUUUCCCGGGCUCGAGCUUUGAUGAUCAUCUUCGGGAAUCCCCAUCUCCUAGCCAUCGACGAAUGCUGGCGCCAACUCAUCCUGUUUUGUGCCAACAAUAACGCCUAUUUUGGCUGUGAUUUGCCCAAAUCUAUCGUAAAUCAGGAGGAUGAGGACCCUGUUCAGUUGGAGACAUUCGUGCCUUAACUAAGGAAUAUCCAUAGUAAUUCUAAGAACCUGACCAAAUGUAUUCUCUGCAUUCAGAGUCC